AUGUUGAUUGGGCGUGCUCGCAAUCUCCUUGUGGAGUACUUGGAGGCUUGGACUCACCUGGAAUUACCUGUGUUUCCUGUGACUACUGGCCCAUCACAACAGUGGCAGCCACCUAUAGGAUCGAUGUACAAACUAAAUUUUGAUGCUGCAGUUUUCAAUGAUAUUUUUGCCUCUAGUGUUGGUAUGGUUAUUCGAAAUGGAGGUGGUCAGGUUAUGGCUGCGAUGUCGUCGAGGGGUCUUGCAGUUUCGGAUAGUGAAGAGGCAGAGAUUUUGGCUUGUCGUCGAGCUCUGGAGUUUGCAAUUGAUGCUGGGUUUGCUGACUUAGUUGUGGAGGGUGACAAUUCAAAUGUGAUGCGGUCUAUUGUUUCUGCCCAGUCGGAUUGGUCUCGGUUGGGGAACAUUUAUGACGAUGUUCGUUGUUUGGCUGAUAGGUUGAGACUUGUGGCAUUUCAAUGUAUUAGACGUUCUGCUAAUGGGGUUGCCCAUUCUCUUGCUCGCUUUGCUAGACAUACUUCUGAGGAUUGUAUUUGGCUGGAGGAUUCCCCUUUGCCAGCUCUAAAAGCUUUGUAUGUGGAUUAUUUUUCUCUUGUUGUUUAA